GUUAUCGUAUCUGCCAUCUCCUGGCUUGUCUGGAGCAUACAAGAGUUCUGUAUCAUGGCUGAUGGCUAACAGCCGCCGUCCAACAUGGCCAUCGCGAAGCCCGUACGGUUCCUAGGGGUGCUGUCCGUGGUUCUGGUCUUUUUCGUCAUUUAUCAGUACUUACGCCCAGUCCCAACGAUUGAGCCCCCGGGCACUGUGGUCGGCAAUGGCGACAAGAUCGAGAACUGGGAACAGGACCCUCUUCUAGAGCCGAUUGGCGAGCCGCCUGAACCAUUAUGGCGACACACUGACCACGACUAUGCCCCCGAGAGCCUCAACUCGGCGCGCAUCAAUGCCACCCUCCUAUCUCUCGUCCGCAAUGAAGAACUCCACGAACUCCUCCCGACCAUGAGACAGCUCGAAGAGACGUGGAACUCCAAAUUCAACUAUCCGUGGACAUUCUUCAACGAUGUCCCGUUCACUGAAGAAUUCAAAGAAGCAACACAGGCUGUCACAAAGGCCAAGUGUGCCUAUCAUGUCAUUCCGAAAGAGCAUUGGGAUAUGCCGUCCUGGGUCAGCCAGGAACUUUACGAAGAGUCGGCGAAGAUUCUAAAAGAGAACGACGUUCAGUACGCCGGGAUGAUCUCAUACCACAAGAUGUGUCGAUGGAAUAGCGGCAUGUUCUACCGCCAUCCUGCGCUCGAAAAUGUCCAAUACUAUUGGCGCGUUGAGCCAAAGGUCAAAUUUUUCUGCCAGGUCGACUAUGAUGUGUUCCGCUACAUGCAGGAUCACAACAAGACCUACGGCUUUAAUAUCAAUUUGUUUGAUUCGCCAGAAUCUAUCCCAUCCUUGUGGCCAGAGACCAUCAAAUUCCUGGCUGCCCAUCCAGAAUAUCUCCACAAGAACAACGCCAUGGCAUGGCUAGUGGAUAACACCCGCAGACCAGAAAAUAACAUCAAGGCACAUGGGUACAGCACGUGUCACUUCUGGUCCAAUUUUGAGAUCGCGGACCUGUCGUUCUGGAGGAGUCAGAUCUACGAGGACUAUUUCACUCACCUAGACCGGACGGGUGGGUUCUUUUAUGAGAGAUGGGGUGACGCCCCGGUCCACAGCAUUGCAUUGGGGCUUUUUGAGGAUGCCAGCAAAAUUCAUUGGUUCAAGGAUAUCGGCUACAACCAUAUCCCAUUCUACAACUGUCCCAACUCACCUAAAUGUAGUGGGUGUACGCCCGGACAGUUUUACGGCGGUGAACCGUGGUUGCAACGAGAAGAUUGUCGACCGUUAUGGUUCAAGUAUGUUGGAAUGGGAUGAACAGGAAGAGCCGGGUCAUCUUGGAUCACACAACCAGAGAGCUGGGGCUCUCACCACCUAUUUGUAUAUGGACGCCACCCCUGCACAUACGCCGAGGACUCGUCUUGCUUUUGCACUAGGAAUAAUGGGUCUGGUGGUCUGCAAGAUGUACCCUAGGCAGAACGUAUUAGCUGGUCUAGAUUCUCCAACCAUGUUUCCAUGCACGUUGAGAUCCUUCGUCCGGGAUACUGUUGCUGUAUCGAGGCUUCCGCGUGCGUGCCGAACGGAG